AUGGAUCACAAAAUCGAUGACAUCGUGGGAGCAUCGCGCCCUCCGUCUAUUCCAUCUGUCAUUCUGGCUCCAUAUACCUAUCUCCACAAUCUUCCAGGCAAUAAUAAGAACAUGCGCUACCAGUUUUUGGUGGCAUUCAACAAACUGUAUUUCGACAUCCUAGACGAAGAGGUGCUUGCAGAGAUCGGCUCUGUGAUUGCUAUUUUCCACGAUUCGUCCUUGCUAAUCGACGAUAUCGAAGACUCUUCAACAGUCAGAAGAGGUCAUCCAUGUGCUCACAUCAAAUACGGCAUUCCACUGACGAUAAACGCUGGAAAUUUGAUGUACUUCAUGGCAUUGAAACGUGCUGUGACUUCGCUACCAGAGCUCUGGCUGCGCCUUAACGGAAUGGCUUCCAACGUCAAGUUUCAGAAUGAUGCCCAAACGAUCUUGGUAGACGAAAUGUUGAAUCUCCAUGUGGGCCAGGGUUUGGAUAUCUACUGGAGAGAUAAUCUUCAGACGAUCUGGGAGCAUGAAAUUCCAACAACUGCUGAAUAUUUGGAUAUGGUGAUGAACAAAACAGGAGGCUUGUUUCGGCUCUCGAUAAAGUUGCUAGCUCUUUUUUCCUCGAGGAAUUUCGAGAUUUCCAACUUGAUUCCAUUGGCAAAUCUUCUAGGCAUCAUAUACCAAGUUCGUGAUGACUAUUUAAAUUUGGUAGAUGAGAGAUAUGAGGAAAUGAAGGGCAUGGCAGGUGAGGACUUGGUAGAGGGAAAGUUAUCAUUGCCAAUUUUGCAUGCGAUGGUGAACGCCAAAAACCAUACACCUGUGCAUGAAGUUUUGCUAGAUUUGAAGACUAGUGAAGAAAGACGACAGCUGCCGAGUAAGGUGGCUGCAGCCAUCAAGUACAUGAGAGAAAGUGGUUCUAUAGCCUAUACCUAUGAACUCUUGCAGCAGUUCGUGAAGAAAGCAUUGGACAUUUUAGAAGCAAGUGAUGGUGAUAUUAGGGUGCUUAAAGGCAUAAUUGUGCAUCUUGGAGAAGUGGUGAGAGCAUAA